ACCUCUUUCCAUUGAUGACAUCGUUCCAAUUAAAACUGGAAAGAUAGUCAAGCCCAGGCAAGCUGCUAGCAUCCCUGGAAUGCUUGGAAUGUUCCAGAAUGAAUGGGAUGUUUUGGUGCUGUCCAAUUUUGCACUGGAGCAACAGUUGCAUACAGCCAGACAGGAACUUAGUCAUGCCUUAUAUCAGCAUGAUGCAGCCUGUCGUGUAAUUGCAAGACUUAAGAAGGAACGGGAUGAAGCUAGGUCAUUACUUUCUCAGGCAGAGAGGCAGAUGCCCUUGUCAUCAACUUCAAUAUCGUCCAAUGCUGCUGUCAAUGUUAAUGGCAAAAGAGUUAAUGAGGAUGAGGAAUUGGGUCCUGAUGGGAAGAAACUACGUCCAGGAAUAUCAGCCACUGUUAUCUCUGAGCUCACAGAUUGUAAUGCUUCCCUUUCACAACAAAGGAAGAAGCGGCAGGUAACAAGUGUCAAAUUUGUCACCCGAGAUGAUUUUAUCUUGACUGGUUCAGCUGACAAG